GUCUUCGUACUAAGGACGGUUUUUGGAUACGUUGGAACAAACUUAUAAAUAAGAUGAAUAUUAGAUAUCAAAACAGCUAAUGAAAAUCAAGAACUUUCAAAUUAAAUCAGUGAAGUUUAUUAAUCUGUAGGCUAAAACAUUAAGUAAAAAAGAAGAAUUAUCAGCUGUUUGAAAAAUUGUCAUUCAGCUCGUUAGAUACAAAUUGGUUAUAAAUUUUAUUUUCCUAAUCCUAUUGUGUAUUUUGUAUUGUUAAACAUAUUGAAUAACAUCUAAUUUACUUCAGGGAAACUAGAUACAAUAGAUAAAUAAUAUGAUUCAAACGAUUUGAUUCUUGUGAAUAUUUCAAGCACCAAUUUUAAACUAAAGAAAACACAAAGAAGAACGUUUAUUUUAUUUUUAAAUGUCUAACAAAGAUUCUCCAUAAGGAAUUGAUAAAAGUGACAAAUUUACCUUUUAAAAAUUCGACUAAAACGCCAAAAUGCCUUUUUUUGUAAAUUUGCGAGACAAUGGUUGAUCUUACUUAUAUUAACAACCGCUGUGCUUAUCUUUGUGAACGUUUUCCCUAGCCUAUAUACACCACAACGAAAUGUUUCUAUAAAAAAAGAUAAACAACUAGUAGAUACAUUUAAGGAUGCAAAUAUUAAGAGAACAACAAAAGACGAUCCCUGUGAAACCAUUCACAUUGGAGUCGUCUGUUCGGGGUUCAAUUCAAACCUAAUGUUCCAUACCUUACUUAAAUCUAUUUAUUUUCAUAGAGUCAAUCCGCUACAUUUCCAUAUUAUUUCCAAUAAAAUUUCAGAAAAGAUAUUGAAAAAGCUGUUCGAAAGCUGGAAUGUUGUACAAGUAAAUACAACAUUCUAUGAUCUGAAUAAUUACACACCAGAACUAAGAUGGAUUCCUAAUACCCAUUAUUCAGGUAUUCACGGUUUAAUGAAAUUAAUGUUUCCAAAAAUAAUUCCUCUAGAAAUAACCGACCGGAUUUUGGUAUUGGAUACAGAUAUGACCGUAGUUGGUGACAUAUACGAACUUUGGGCAAUGUUUAAAAAGUUCAAUAAAAAACAGGCGGUAGGAAUGGUUGAAAAUCAAAGCGAUUACUACUUGGGGUUGAACGUUUGGCCAGCUAUCGGUAGAGGUUACAAUUCUGGUGUGAUAAUGUUCAAUAUCUACUUAUUGAAAAAAUUAAAUUGGCCGAAAUUGUGGUCGGAUCUAGCGAAAAGAGACGCUCUUAUAUACGGUUCGACUCGUUUAGCGGAUCAGGAUAUAAUCAACGCAGUUGUCAAAGAACACCCCGAAAUAGUAUACGAAGUGCCUUGCGUGUGGAAUACUCAAUUGAGCGAUAGAACUUUGAGCGAAAGUUGUUACAAGAAUAACAAAGUGAAGAUAGUUCACUGGAACUCCCCGAAGAAAUAUAACGUGGAAAAUAAAGACGGGGAAUAUUUCAAGAGCGUGGCUAUUGGAUUUCAAGAACACAACGGGAAUUUGUUGAGGAAGAAGUUGUAUGGUUGCAAUAACCAACCGGUUACGGUGGCACGGAAUGACUCCGAUGAUGUGUGUUCGGAAUUUCGUAAUUUAGCUAAAAUCCAUUGGAGGACGCUACUUUUUAUUAGGGAAUAUAAGCACGUUGUUAUCGAAAAUGAUGUUACUUUCGUUGCCCAAUUAUCCUACGAUAGAUUACAGACGAUUGAAGAAUUGGUGAAAGCUUGGUCUGGACCGAUAAGUUUAACUUUAUACGUAUCCGAUCCCGAAUUAAUGAAAAGCAUAGAAUUUAUAACAUCAUCGGAAAUUUUGAAAAACAGAUGGGAUGUUGCGUAUCACGCAGUUUUUAAAGACGGAGAUUUUUAUCCUAUAAAUAUAUUGAGAAAUAUCGGUUUGAAGAACGUACAAACACCAUUCGUAUUUUUGGCUGAUAUCGAUUUCCUUCCAUCGAAAGAUUUAUAUGAAUCGUUAAUAAAACACAUUAAAAUAUUCGGAUCUUUAAAAAAGAAGGCACUAAUAGUACCAGCAUUCGAAAUACAAAAAUACGUCAACCAAAUACCGAGUGAUAAAAAUCAACUGUUGGUUGGUUUGAAGGAAAAAUCAAUUAUACCUUUUUUGACGAAUAUUUGGACUCCAGGUCAUACUCCUACAAUGUAUAAUAUUUGGAAAAAUAGUAGCAAACCUUAUAAUGUAAAAUGGGAAGUCGAUUACGAACCUUACAUAGUAGUUAGAAGCGAUGUGGUGGAAUACGACGAGAAGUUUAUAGGCUUUGGUUGGAACAAAGUUUCGCAUAUAAUGGAAUUAGAAGCACAAAAUUAUGCGUUUGUUGUAUUACCAGAUAUAUUUAUUAUCCAUAAACCUCAUACUCCUAGUUACGAUUUAGGAAGAUUUAGAACGUCUUCAGUAUACAGGCUGUGUCUUCGACUUUUGAAAGAAGAGUUUAUACAAAGGUUAAACAAAGAAUAUAAUAGAAAUUUUCCAUAUAUCAAUACUUCUGCUAUCCUACCGGAAAUUAGAAGAAGGAAGAGACAUAGCAUGUCAUUAGAUAUCCCUUCGACUACUAUAGAAACCAACACCGAUUAUCCAAACGCGACAGAAUAAUCAAUUUCAUGAAUAUUUUUCACAUCUCAAGCAUAAAAAGUACUUGUUUUAGAGCAAAACAAUAUUUUUUAAUCGGUAAUAGGGUUGGAAACAGCUUGAAAUACAAAAAGAUUCUAACCUAUAAUAGAAGGUUUGUUGAAACCUUGAAUCAUCAAAGAUAUAUUGCCAAAUAAUUAUUAUAUACCAUUAUUUUACAUAUAUAUACAAAGAUAUUAUACCAGUAGCUUCGGGUUUGUGAUAAUCAAUAAUUUAUUAAAUUUUAUUUUUAUGGGGUAGUUUAGACGUUUAAUAUAUUUUUCGAUACAUUAAUAUCAAAAAAUAAACGUAUAUAAUCAGAGGGUUUUAUAAUAAUAAAAAUGUAUAAGUGUUAUGAACAAUAUUUUCUCUAUUACCAUACUAAAAAUCUUCAAAAAUUCACUAUACACAAAACUUUAUCAUUCUAUAGGAACAUAACAUAUUAAGUCACGUAUUUUAGUAUAAAUAACUGAUUAGAAUUAUAAUCCAGGUGAUUUAGAACAAACAAAUAUUGCUUAUAUGAAACAGAUGAGACUUUAUAUUAAGGUAGCAAAAAAAUGAGUGAAAAGUCGAGUGUUUUUAAAAAAUCUAUUGAUACCGAAUUAAUUCAAGUUAAAAAGCAUCCGAACAACAUUGUUCUUAUAAAAAUAUAAUGAUAUUCAUUUCAGUAGAUGCAUUCUUGUUUCUGGAGGACAGCAACUGAGAGGAAGACCGUGCCUUCGCUGGUUGGACGACGUUGAGGCGGACCUGAUCCAGCUAGGAGUUCGACGUUAGAGGCACCAUGCUCCAGGAUAAAAAUGAUGAGGUCGAUUGUUGAGAAGGCCCUUGUUCUCAAAGAACUCAGUUAAAGAAGAAGAUGCAUUCUUGGAAGUUAUUUUUAUUACAAAAGUAUCUUCCAAGUGUUUGUUUCCUAAUAUAUUCUCCUUUAGUUCAUCAGGAGUAUAUUUAUAAGUCAAGGAUUGAUUCCAUAGCGGGAAAAAUUUGUAGAGAUUAAUGCUUUGUUGCUCCAAAAUGUUUAAAUAAGGUUUCAUCAUUUAGUUCAUAUUAUUUUCUAGUAGCGCUUCGUUAACAGCUACCUCCUUUCAAAUUCAUAAAAUUUUUAACUCUGUAAAUUCUGUAGGAAACUACACGAAAUGAUGUUUUUUGUUUACCUUGCCUGGACUAUUAUUUAUAUAGAACGAAAGAAAAAAAGGAAUUACUACUGAUAACGAUAGGUUUUCCUGGACUAUUAUAUAAAAAAAUAACUCUUGUUGAGCUCAUUUCGCAUCAAACUGUUUCUUGGUCGAUAAAAGGGGUUUUUGGGGGUUUUUGAUAGUUCCAAUAUCUAUGUAAACAUGAAGUUUAACCGUCUCAUAGCAAACUAUACAGAAUGAUUAUUUUUUGUUUACCUUGCCUGAACUUUCUUUAUAUGGAACAAAAAUGGAAUUAUUCUGAUGAAAAAACCGAAAACAGAGUACAGGGAUAAGUCCAUUUUAAUCGAAAAAAAAAAAAAAAAAUUAAAAUAAAACUAUGUACAGUAUUAUUUUUUUUGUUGUGUGGUAAUCUACAGAAAAGGAGAAUUAUUUUGUCAAAAUCACAUAAAUCAAAUGUCCUUCAUUUUGUUCUUGUUUAGACAUGUCUAAUAUUUUUUUUACCGUCCAUCAUUUGACCGCCGAUGUCUCCUAUUCGAGAUAUCACUUUGUUGGGGAAAAUUUGAAGGACAUGGCGGUGUUAGAGCGUUAUACUAUCCUGUUGAGACCAGGACGGGUUGUUGAAGCUUGUUAAAUUCUGCAACUAUGGUGUAAAAAAGUCCUCGAUCAUUCCAUAUACCGUUCCGAACUAAUAGUAACCAUCAUGCAUAGGCGCCAAAACUGUGACUUUAGAGCUAUUUAAGGGCUUUUUAAGUUUGCAUUGGUGGUUUUCGCUAUUCCAGUAGCCACAAUUUUGCCUGUUGAUGUGGAAGUGAGCCUCAUCAGAGAACAACACGUUGUUAAACGAAGUACAGCGGUUCAUAUUAAGUCUGGCUGAUUAUUUUUUGUUUAUCCUACCUGGAUUAUUAUUUAAAUAGAACAAAAAUAAAAUUAUUUUGAUAAUUCUAUACUGAAAUACCUUCCAACCAUUUAUCAGAAAAAAAAAACCUCUUAAAUGACUGGGUCUACGAUGAAUGAAUUUAAUAUAUAACUUGAAUGAUCGAAUAUUUACAUUAAUUCGAACUACUGAAUAGCAAAACUGCUGAAGAAAUUAAUAAUUUCAAAAUACACUCAAAACUGAAUACCUGAAUACACCAAGGAUUGAUGUUGAAGUAAUACGUCGAAAACUUAGUGAUGAAAACGGAAAGACGAUUGUGAGGAACCAUCAGAAGACGAUACAAGCUGAAAUUGCAUAGAAAGUGAGAGUCAUCAACUAUAAACCACUUACAUUAAAAGUUCUUCAUAACUUCAGUCUCUGAAGAUGAUAACUUCGUUAUCGAAAUGCGCGUCACUGUAAUAAUUGGUAUUGUGAACAGCAUGAAUAUCACUCUGGGACACUUGAACUCAUAUGAAUCCAUUUAUAGGACCAGUACGAACAAUGAAAAGCUGCUGGUUAACUGAAAAAUCAUAAAAUAUGAAGUUAGUGAUCUGGUGUGUAUCUGGUUGUUAAACAAAUCCAAAAUCUUCAAAUCGAACUUCUGAGAGACUCUACUUGUUCUGUACUCUGCUAUCACAAACUUUAUCAUCAAAUAUUUUGACUUAUUUCUGUCCAAUAUAUGUAAUUUCGGUAUAUUAUUUUACUGAAGAUUUUGUUUAUCACCUCACAAUUGAAUUAUCUGGUCCUUCGAGCCUUCACUGAAUUCCUUCACCAAAUUCGGCUCGAAGGAUCAGACAGUUUGAUUUUGAGGAAGUAUUCGGUUGUAUUAAACAUUUUCAUGUAUUUCUUGAGUAUAUUAGGGCGUGAAUUAUAUUUGAAAGUGACAUUAUACCCUUAAAUAUAUUCAGGGAUAUAACAUUACCUAUUUUGAUGGGUUCACAAGUGACAUUUACACCCAUUUAAAGAUGUAAUGUCAUAUAUCCGAUGAAAUUUAGCUUGCGAAGAUAUAUUUGUACAAUUAUGAUGAAAAAAGUAGAGAUAAAUUGAAUUUUAUGAUAUUUGCUACAAAAAAUUUUUCUUGAUCUGCGAAUGUCAAUUUGAAAAAAUAUGGGUACCAAAGUGAUUCUUGUAUGGUAGUAGACAAGAAUAUUAAAUUAUCUUGUUGAUACCACUUAUAUAUUAUAGUUAGUAAUAUUUAUUCUACAUAUUAGUGUAUAACAUACAAGGCGUGUUCAGAAAAUAACGAAUUUUUUUCAAUUUUACAGCUCCAGUGAGUCUGAUUGUAAAUUUUUUUAUUAUGUUGGUGAAAGUGCUCCUGAAAUAUAUUCGUUAAUCGUCAAUUUUUGAAAUUAAUAAAAUAAUUUCUAUUGAAAGUUUGUGCAAAAAACAAAA